CAAACGGUUGUUUUGUUUUAUUUAGUUGCUUUCAAUUCAUCUAUCCAUCCACUUCUUCAACUUCUUCCCUCACACAUUUUUCCUUCUCUAAUUUUCCCUGGAACCAAACAGAAAUUUGGGAUUUUUGUUCUGAUAUUCAAUGACUUUUUAUAAUGAUAAUGAUGAGGGAGGAGAUGAGGUACCGGAGCUGAAGCUAAGAGUUGAGGGUGAUGAUGAUGAUGUUAACGCAAAAAGACAAACUCUGAGACAGCGAUUAUUAGAAGAAAGUGAAUCAGAAGAGAAUGAUUCGUGGUUAAAGGAUCUGGGUUUUUCUUUUCUAUUGAGAAGGUCUAUUUGGGAGUGGAUCAAGUUGGGAAUUUUGCUUAUCAUUGUAGGGUUACUGGCUGCUGUUUUCCUCAAAUGGGUUGGCCCUUUUUUCAUGGAUAAGGAGCUAAUGCCUUUAGUUAAUUGGGAGAUGGCAACCUUCAGUGCUCCAAUGCUGGCAGUUGUAGUUUUCACUUCUGUGGCAUUAUUCCCGACAAUACUUCUACCAUCAUCACCAUCCAUGUGGUUGGCUGGGAUGGCAUUUAGUUAUGGUUUUGGAUUUCUGCUAAUCAUAUCCGCAGCUGCUGUGGGUGUAUCAAUACCAUUCAUUAUCGGCUCACUUUUCCUUCACAGGAUUCAAGGCUGGUUAGAAAAAUACCCUAAGAAAGCUGCCUUUCUGAGAGCAGCCGGUGAAGGAAAUCGAUUUCAUCAGUUCAAAGCUGUAACAUUAAUCAGGCUCUCUCCAUUCCCAUAUAUGAUAUAUAAUUACUGUGCAGUUGCAACACAUGUUGAGUAUGGGCCUUACAUCUUGGGAUCCUUGAUAGGAAUGGUGCCAGAAAUUUUUGUUUCUAUAUACACGUAAGAUCUCGGAGUCCCUCAUCUUGUAUUUCCAUAACAUAAGUGUUUAUUUUGCCUGUGAUCUUUGAUCAUCACAACUUUUGUGCAUGUGCACAGGUCAGCACGUUUUAAACGUAUGAUAUAAUUCUCGACCAUAACUGAAUCAAUAAGAUAUGCCUACAUAUAUGAUAUACACAAAAUGUAUGAGCUAUGUUUUUGGUUAGCUAACUUUUAGGUUGUUCUGCCAUCCAUUCUGUUCUGUAUGCUUAUCAUAGACGUUGCUUAAUGGCAACAUGCAAAGUUAAUAAGGUUAAACUUAUUACUAA